GCUUAGACAAAAAAAGGCAUGUAGAGCUGAAGAUGGACCAGGCUUUGCUGCUCAUCCAUAAUGAACUACUUGGGACAAACUUGACUGUCUACUGGAAUUCUGAACGCUGUUACCAUUGCUUGCCCCAGGCUCUGGGGAAUGUUUCUGGGAGUGGAGAACCUGGGAAGCCCAGCACGGCACCUGUGGCUGUGAGCACCCAGCACACCUCCAUCCUGCAACUCAAUGACACAUUGGAAGAGAAGGAAGUUUGUAGGCUGAAGUACAAAUUUGGUGAAUUUGGAAACUAUUCUCUCUUGGUCAAGCAUGUCCAUAAUGGAGUCAACGAAACUGCUUGUGACCUAGUCGUUAAUAAGAAUCCAGUCGACAGUAACCUUCCUGUGUGUAUUGCGUUCCUUGUUGGUCUGGCGGUCAUCAUUGCUGUGUGCUUUCUAAGGUUCUUGUUGAGUUUGGAUGACUUUAAUAACUGGAUUUCUAAAGCAAUAAAUUCUCGGGAAACUGAUCGCCUCAUCAACUCCGAGCUGGGCUCUCCAAGCAGGGCAGGCCUGUUCGGUGACGAUGCCCAACCAGAAGUAUGGCGUCUGUCUGCGGUGCCUCGGCGCCUCCGCUGCGUGGACACGUUCCGGGGUCUGUUCCAUGCUGCUUUGCCUCUGUAUCUAUUUUUGAAGUAUUCACACUCUAGAUUCCCUUUCCUUACCUCUCCGUGUUGGUGUUUCCCUUCAGGACUGACAGUGGCUGACCUUGUGUUCCCAUGGUUUGUAUUUAUUAUGGGAUCUUCAGUUUUUCUAUCAAUGACUUCCAUACUGCAGCGGGGAUGUUCAAAAUUCAGACUGCUGGGGAAAGUUGCGUGGAGGAGUUUCCUGUUAAUCUGCAUAGGAAUUGUCAUUGUGAACCCCAAUUAUUGCCUUGGUCCAUUGUCGUGGGAUAAGGUGCGGAUCCCCGGCGUGCUCCAGCGGCUGGGGGUGACCUACUUCGUGGUGGCCGUGCUAGAGCUCCUCUUUGCCAAGCCUGUGCCUGAAAGCUGUGUCUCGGAGAGAAGGUGCUCUUGUCUUCAGGACAUCACAUCCAGCUGGCCCCAGUGGCUCGUCAUCUUGAUGCUGGAGAGCGUUUGGCUGGCCUUGACGUUCUUUUUACCUGUUCCCGGAUGCCCCACCGGCUACCUUGGGCCUGGCGGCAUCGGCGAUCUGGGGAAGUACCCGAAUUGCACGGGAGGAGCUGCUGGCUACAUUGACCGCUUGCUUCUGGGAGACGAUCACAUUUAUCAGCAUCCUUCCUCGACUGUGCUGUAUCACACCACGGUGGCCUACGACCCCGAAGGCAUCCUGGGGACCAUCAACUCCAUUGUGAUGGCAUUUUUAGGAGUUCAGGCAGGAAAAAUACUCUUGUAUUACAAGGAUCAGACCAAAGACAUCCUGAUCAGAUUCACUGCCUGGUGUUGUUUUCUAGGGCUUAUCUCUGUUGUUCUGACGGAAGUUUCUGAAAACGAAGGCUUUAUUCCAGUCAACAAGAAUCUCUGGUCCAUUUCGUACGUCACUACGCUGAGCUCCUUUGCCUUCUUCAUCCUGCUCAUCCUGUACCCCAUCGUGGAUGUGAAGGGCCUGUGGACAGGAACCCCAUUCUAUUACCCAGGAAUGAAUUCCAUCCUGGUGUACGUGGGCCACGAGGUGUUCAAGAACUACUUCCCCUUCCAGUGGAGGCUGCAGGACAACCAGUCGCACAAAGAGCACCUCAUCCAGAACAUCGUGGCCACCGCUCUCUGGGUGCUCAUCGCCUACAUUCUCUAUAGAAAGAAGGUUUUUUGGAAAAUCUGAUCGCUCCCCCCAACGUAUGUUGCUGGCGGACUCUAUUAAAGGGAACCAUUAAUGAUAAAAUCGA